GGGGAGGGGAGGGGAGGGGCGGAUCGGGGAGACCACUCCUCCUCCUCCUCCUCCUCCCCCCAGUCCCGCCCCCUCUUGCCGUCCGGGGCUGCUUCAACUUUGCCAAACGCCGAAACUUUUCCCUGCCCGAGCUGCAGCGACCCACCAUGUAGCAGCAGCCGCCGCCGCAGCCGGAGUGGAGAGUCCGCCCUCGCCGAGCGCGCACGGAGCAGCCGGGCGCAGCGCAAAAAGGCGCCGCGCAAAAGGCGCGCAGCCCGGGGAUCUUGCCCGGGCGAUGAGCAUGCGGAGCGCCCCGGGGGCGAGCGGCUUCCCGGCGUCGUCGUCGUCGUCGUAGCUCGGCUCGCUCCAGCCGGACGCUGCCAUGAGGCUGCUGGGGGUGGCCGAGGGCAACCCCCGGCGCGACCCGCCGCCGCCGCCGCCGCUUUCCCUGGAGGCGCCCCCGAGGAAGAGGCUCCCGGCCCCCGAAGAGCGCUGCGCCAGCCGCCCCCCGCCGGACGGAGCCGGGGCCGCCUCGGGGGGCGAGCCGGGCCACUUCGAGAGAGCCGCCCCAGGAGGAGGAGGAGGAGGAGGAGGAUGGUGCCGCGGUUGCCAAGCCAAGCUGGCCGAGCUCCAGAGGCAAGCGGGGAAGCUGGCCGCCGCCUGCAACUCCUUGGCCCCGCCGGACCCGCGAUUAUCAGCUUUAAUUUUCGACAAGCUUCAAGUGCCUGAAUAUUUACAGAAACCCAGGAGCGAAGGGGAAAACAGGUGUGAUGUUUGUGCGACCCACCUGAACCAGCUGAAACAAGAAGCCAUCCAGAUCGUCCACAGCCUCGACCCGGCCGGCUGCCAAGACGCAGCGAAUCCUGCCCACGGCUCCGUGGCAAUGGCCGCCGUGUUGCCCAGGUUGAACCCCCCAAACAUGGUUACUGUGUCUUCUCAGCGGGACUUGUCUCUCGUGGCCGGGCCGGUGGGUAGACCGCCUGGCAAAACGACAGGCCUUUUCUCCACAACGGAAAGGAAGAAAGGGAUCGGGUGGCCGCAAGCGGCGAGCAGUUUCCCAAACUCCAGCGUUCAAGUGACGGUGGGGCCCAGUGGCCUUAGCGGGGCGUUGAGCUCGGUAACGAUCCAGGCGCAGCAGUACCUCGAGGGGAUGUGGAGCAUCUCCCGAGUGAACAGCUUUCUUCCCCAAGCUUGUCUCGAAGCAACAACAGUGGAGUAUGGGAAAGAGGGUUCCCAUGUUCAAGUCGCCUCAGGACAGAACAGCUCUGACCAGAAUGGAACUGGCAGUUCUUUGGCCUCUCAGAGCCUCAUGACUCCUGCUGGCGUCUCUGCAGGUACUUCAGCUGCGGCGUCGUUCUUCAUAAGAGCUGCCCAGAAACUUAACCUGUCUUCGAAGAGGAAGAAGCACCACCCGCCUCUGCUGCACCCCCAUGACUUCUCCAUCUAUGCCACCAAUUUUAGUGGCAUCCUGCAGAUGUGUCCCCCUCCAGCACCGCCAUGCCUUUUGAGAGCUGUGUCGAAAGUCAAGGAUAACCCGGGGAUGGGAAAGGUGAAAGUGAUGGUGAGGAUUUGCCCCUCGCACGACACGUCGGAAUCCAUGUCAUUUCUCAAGGUGGAUCCGCGGAAGAAACAGAUCACGCUUUAUGACCCGUCUACAAUUGGCCCUUCCAACGCGGGCCACCGAAAAGGAGUUGUGGCCGUUCCAAAGAUAUUUGCCUUUGACGCGGUGUUCCCACAAGAUGCUUCCCAGGCUGAGGUGUGCUCUGGAACAGUAGCAGAAGUAAUCCAGUCUGUCGUGAACGGUGCAGAUGGUUGCAUCUUUUGCUUCGGUCAUGUCAAGCUUGGCAAAUCCUACACGAUGAUUGGAAAAGAUAACUCCACGCAGAGCCUCGGCAUCGUCCCCUGCGCUAUCUCCUGGCUUUUCAAAUUAAUCAAUGAGCGCAAGGAAAAGACAGGCACUCGUUUCUCGAUCCGAGUGUCUGCUGUGGAGAUCAGUGGCAAAGAUGAAAACCUUCAGGAUUUGUUAGCUGAAGUAGCUACCGGCAGUCUUCAGGAUGGGCAGUCCCCAGGGGUUUAUCUCCGAGAAGAUCCGAUAUGCGGGACACAGCUUCAAAAUCAAAGCGAGUUAAGGGCCCCGACGGCGGAGAAAGCUGCUUUUUACCUCGACGCGGCGCUGGCAGCCCGCAGCACUAGCAGGCCAGAGUGUGAUGAAGAGGAUCGGAGGAAUUCACACAUGCUGUUCACCCUCCACAUCUAUCAGUAUCGCAUGGAGAAGAGCGGCAAAGGGGGAAUGUCCGGGGGUCGCAGCCGUUUACACCUCAUUGACCUCGGGAGCUGCGAGAAGGUGCUAAGCAAAUGCCGAGAUGGAGGAGGAUCUCUGUGCCUUUCUCUUUCUGCCUUGGGCAGCGUCAUUCUAGCCUUAAUCAAUGGUGCUAAGCAUGUACCAUACAAGGACAACAAACUGACCAUGCUGCUGAGAGAAUCUCUUGGGAACAUCAACUGCAGAACCACCAUGAUCGCUCAUAUAUCAGAUUCACCGGCCAACCAUGCAGAAAGCCUCAGUACGAUUCAGCUUGCUUCACGCAUCCACAGAAUGAGGAAGAAAAAGUCCAAGUAUGCAUCAAGCUCAUCUGGAGGAGAAAGUUCAUGUGAAGAGGGCCACAUACGAAAGCCACACCUGAGACCAUUUCACCCACGGACCGUUGCUCUUGACCCCGACAUUCCUAUGCUGAGUUUAUCCAGUGAACCUUGGUGUCCUCAAACCUUGGCGAACAGUCCAUGACACCCGUCAUCUACGUUAUUUAGCAGUACAGCUUUGUCAGGGCGAGGAGCGACAGAUAACGAAGGCCCUCCGGAGUUUGUUCCCAUAAUCCCUUCCCUGAACAAGAAAAGAAGCAAAGAGAAUUUUGCCCUGGCUAAAAGCUCCGACAGAGACCAUUUCAAGUGCAACACCUUUGCAGAGUUGCAGGAGAGGUUGGAAUGUAUUGAUGGCAGCGAGGAGCCAGCUAAGUUUCCUAGCGGGGAGGCUCCUGCAGCCGCUUGCAGUAACAUGGUUCCAGGAAGUGCAGAAAAUGGACAGUCUAAAUCAAAACCAUCUUCUCCCUCCGGAGCAUUUAAAAAAGGAGUUUUGCAGGAAACAGGACCUCCCAAGAAAGGGCAUGUUUACUUCCAGCCCAAUGGUGGCUACCCAGAGAUGAAAGGAAUUCAUUUAAAAACAGAACACACCAAACAGCAAACCGCCGCAGAAAGCAACAGGGCGGAUUUGGAUGGGGAAAAGAAGACAAUGACGGAUUCUUACCAGUUGCCAACAUGCACUGCUUUUAUCAACCCAGAGCAAAACCAAGCUGUGGCCGAACCGGUGGUGAAAGAGAAAUUUCCGCACGCGAAAAGGCCUUUGCCCAGCCCCGCACCUCCACCUCCGCAGCAACAGCCGCCGCCUCUGUUGAGUGCCAAGCAAAAGCAUCCGCCUUUUGAUCACAGCCACGCGAUCCGGACGCCGCCUGUGGGGAUGAGUAAACAACCGACUGGCGAAUGUGCACCCGGUCCCGAAGGAAGCAUGUUUUCGGCAAGCAACGGCAACCUGGAUCAUCACGGGGAGGGCAUAGAAGUCCACCGGUUCCAGUCGUCCUUCCGGGGGAAAUGCUUUGACCGCGAUAUUCUGACGACCACGGUGACUUUGCAGCAGCCCGUGGAGCUCAACGGGGAGGAUGAGCUUGUCUUUACUGUGGUCGAGGAACUCUCCAUCAGCGGUAUUUUGGAUAAUGGGAGGCCUGCCAGCAUCAUUAGCUUUAACAGUGACUGCUCUCUACAAGCCCUUGCCUCUGGCUCUAGGCCAGUUAGCAUCAUUAGCAGCAUAAAUGAUGAGUUUGAUGCCUAUACCUCCCAGGCGAGUGCCUCAGGGGUCAACAUCGACAUUGUAGUGCCCUUUGCCGAGAACCCGUUCUCGAGCAGCAGCAGACGUUCCUCCAUCAGCUCGUGGCUAAGCGAAGUUAGUAUCUGUACGAUCGAGAGCGACAGAGGCCAGUUGGGUGACGGUUUCCUGGCCCAGUCUCCUUAUGGCUGUCACAAGUCUGAGGAACCUUUUAACUUGGGUGGUCCCAAUGGCCCUGUUCUUUUGAAAGCCACCCUGAACGACAGUGGGUUUUGUUUUUCAGAGUUGGAGAGCGAGAGCAUACAUUCAGGCAAAACAUCUUCAGGUGUCCACAGAAGCCCUCACAACCCUGACAUAACCAAAGUAUCUCUGACAGAAAGUACUCUUUGUAUCACUGACCUGCCAGCAAAAAUUACUCUUUCUCACUCGCCAAAUACACCGGUGAUUGAAACGAUACACUCCAGUCUUCCCCGGAGAACAAAAACUACCUCAUCUUCAACCCACAACAAUACCACUCUCAGUUGUAAGGAACUGCAAAAGCCGCACGUGAUGUUUGAAGAUCCUUGGCUGGUUCGUAUGGACAAUCACUUGGAAGCAAAAACUACGGACACUUUGCUGUCUCCGAAUUCCUCUGUGUUGAGCACUGAGAAACAGCCAGCGAAAUCUGGUCAACAUUUCGGUAGUUUGGCUAAGCCGACAAAAUCCCAGACAAUGCUAGCGUGUUCUCAGAGGGUCGUGGAUGGCUGUGAGAUGUCUGCCAAGCCUUCCUGCGGAGCUGCCAAAAAGUCCGAAGCCAUCACAAAGAUGCCACAGCUCAAAAGAGGAGCGACCACACUGGGUGUGGUUCCCGUCUCACGUGGCAACGGCCCGACUUCUGAAGGCAUGGGCCGGGGAAGUGCUGAAGCUGGUUUUGCCACCAGUAGCUUGAAGAAGAAGAACAUGCAACCAAAAUCAAGCAUGUUACCGAGGCCCAGUGGGACGAUCCCUCCAGCGCCUCCCGUCCGUAAGUCGAGCCUGGAGCAGAAAAAUGGUGGCAUAUUGAACGGGGGUGGGAAAGCUGCAGGACUGGACUCUUUUAGGGCCACUCUGGGAAAAGCGGAAGAUGAGAUUGAUUUGCCGUUGAGGGUUGGGUCGUGUGCCGCUGAAAGCACUGGCAGCAAAUGCAGCCUCAAGGGGGACCACUCUUUGCCAAAAGCCACAUCGAGUUUGAAGGCAAAGACAUCGAAAAGCGAAACCGUCCAUCGCUAUGGCAGCCACAUGUCCCUUGAAAGGUGUGAUAGCUUGACGUCUGUCGGAUCCAAGGCCACGUUGACGAAGGAAAACUGCAACGGUAGCAUUAGUAAUGGCCGAAAUGGUCGGCUGGUCCCGAGGCUGGGAGUUCCCCCUUCCUCUUCUGGUAUUACAUCACCUCCUUCGUAUACCUCACCUUUACCCUGCAAAAAUAAUCAGGCUAAAAGUGGAGCGAGCCAGAAAGCUCCAGCUAGUGGGAAUAAAAGCCGCAGCCUGUCCGCCAGCGGGUCCAAGUCCCUGAGCUCCUCUGUAAAGUCUUUAGCUCAGUCUGUCGGGAAGACGUCUAGCAUCCCCCUGAGUGGGAAAACGGCCCCACGCUCUGCGCAGGGGGGCAGCAGCAAACCAGGCCGGGGGACAAUUAUGGGCACCAAGCAAGCCAUCCGGGCAGCCAACAGCCGCGUAAAUGAGCUGGCGUUGGGCAGUCCCGUCAAGACGGGCCACUUCCGAGGUUCGACUGAUUCCGACAGCGGCAACGACAGUGGGAUUAACCUGAGUGAUGAGAAGUCGCAGACCUUGGCUCUGCCAUCCCCCUACAGCAAGAUUACUGCCCCGCGGAGGCCCCAGCGGUACAGCAGCGGACACGGAAGCGAUAACAGCAGCGUCUUAAGCGGGGAGCUGCCACCAGCGAUGGGCAGGACAGCUCUUUUCUACCACAGUGGUGGCAGCAGCGGUUACGAAAGCAUGAUGCGCGACAGCGAAGCGACGGGCAGCGCAUCCUCAGCUCACGAUUCUAUGAGCGAAAGUGGGAUAUCUUCACCGGGUCGCCUGAGAAGUUUGAAAUCUCCAAAGAAAAGAUCAACAGGGUUCCAGCGCCGUCGACUCAUCCCAGCCCCCCUGCCUGAUUCUUCAUCUCUGGGGAGAAAGCAGGGCGUCACUGGCCAGUGGGUGGAUCUACCACCUUUGCCGGGCACUUUGAAAGAGCCAUUUGAAAUAAAAGUUUAUGAGAUUGAUGACGUGGAACGAUUACAGCGACCCAGACAAGAAGAAGCUGAGCCUUUCCAGGAUGUUGAAAAGGUAAGUUAUAGCUUUGGAGUCUCCUAAUUGAAUAAUGUUCUGUAUUACAGAUACCAGCUGUACUUUCAGGCAUCAAACCUGCUGCCUCCUGCUGCUGUGUUAUGCCUCUGGUGUAGGGAAGGAGUAAAUUUGCAAGGGAGAAACUUUGGACAGGAGACAGAGUGCAAAACGCAUUUGCCGGGGAGGAGCUUCAGACAAGAGGGGAUUUCUCAGAGGAGGGAACAAUUUCAGGGCCCGAGGUUUGGGCAGGAGGAAAUUGCCAAAGGAAGGGAGCCUAUGCAGGGCAGGUGCUUCAGGCAGGAGGGGAUUUCUAAGGGGAUGGAACAAGUUCAGGGUAGGAGCUUCAGGCAGGGGGAGGUUGCCAAAGGAAGGGAGCCUAUGCAGGGAAGGAGCUUCUGGCAGGAGGGAAUUGUCAAGGGGAGGGAACAGUUUCAGGGAAGGAGCAUU